AUGUCGGGCGGAGGAGAGGUUCGAGUGCUCCGCCAAGAGCCCGGGCAAGAGAGCCCGAGGAUGCCGGCCUGGAAGCGCGAGAUCUUGGAGAGGAGGAAGGCGAAGGGCGGCGGGUCCGGAGGAGCCGCGGAGAAGCCCGGCGGCUCGCAGCGGGUUAACGGGGAGCUGACGGGGAAUGUGAACGGCAGCGGGGGACCCAAGAGGGACAGCGGACCGAGCGGCGGGUCCGGGCGGAGCUACACCAUCACCACCGCCAGUCAACACUUCGCGAACAACAAAGAGCCGACGGACGCGGAGAGGACGACACCGAGGGAGGGCGACGGACAGGAGAGCCUGGUGCUACAAGAAAGCCUGGGCCCCUUGGAGGAGAACCCUUUUAUUAAACUGGAGAAGGAGCGGAGGAGGCGACAGGACCGAGAAAACGCCGCUCGGCCGGUGCAGCACAUCCUGGAGCUGUAUGGCAGUGUACCCGGCAUACGGACUAUCCGCGCUGAGAAUAUCAUCAUAAUUGAGUCGGAUCCGGAUUAUUUCCCGGAAGCUGGAGGGGUUAAAACCGGGUCCAAAUGGCAGCAAAACGGUGUGAGUAGUUACAGCUCUCUGAACGACCUCCUGGACCGGAGAGGGAGUGCUGUGACUGAGAUAAGAGCCAAGGAGGUGGUAAUUUAUGACACCACGUUAAGCAAGAGUGAGGAGAACUUGAGCACCCUGGGCCGCCCUGACCAUGAGGCCCCAUCCUAUGAGACAGGUGAGGGGCAAGGCAGGGUUAGCCGGAUGCUGCAGAAGUUUGACAGCAACUAUGGGAAGCUGCAGAAGAAGUCCCACAGUACUGAGAACCUGCUGGAUCUGGAUUGUAGUGCCAGCAGCAGGCCGCGACUCUGGUCCAAGCCACAGCCAGAUCUGGUGCCAAAGGCCAAGCCGGGCCCGUCGGUCAGCAGCCAGCCAUCAUCGCCUGUCUUCCAGGGUUCCUUGUCUUCCAAACCAAAGCCACAGCCUGCUGUCUCUGAGCUGGGGAGCCCUCAGCAUUCUGCCGGGACCCCUCCGCCUGCCUUACGUCAGCGGUUUGAGGAGAGUGGAGGCCGUGGUGCUGCUGGAGGAGACGAGCCAGACAGGGGUCAAACCAAGCCUGUCCGAGAGAGAGACUGGGAGCUCUCAGAGGUUCCACCCAAACCUAAGGUGCCAUGCUCUCCAGAGACCCGUCGUGUCCGUGCCGAGUCCCCCUCAAGCCCCAUUUCAUUCAAAGUGUCUCGCUCCUCAUCGGACUUUGAGAUCCGCCCCUCCCCAAAGCCUGACCUCACCCGAAUUCCUGAUGGGGACACCCAAGCUCGAGCCCUGGCAAACUUGCGCCUGCAGUCCCGCAACUCCUUCACAGUGAUCCCCAAGCGACAUGGUGCUGCCUCACCUGCAACAGGCAGUCCAGCUGCCCCGUCCAGUCCUGUCAAGUCUUCCCCAUCCCACAGAGUGGCAGAGGUGUCCACGCCAGGAGUGCCAACCUCCCACACCCCUACGCCCACCUUAACAAAGAGGAAUGAGGAGAAACUAAAUAAGGAGAAGGAGGUGGUGAGGCUAUCCAAGCCUGAACCAUCCCCGUUGCCCCUAAGUCCUGCACCUCCGACCUCAGAACCCUUGUCUCCAUCUCCUGCCCCCUCCUCUCCGCCUGCUCUGUCCUCACCCCCUUCAUCCCCCUCAUUCUCUCCAGCUCCCUCAGACUCUCCUGCUCCUUCUUCCCCCUCCCCAGCUCCAGAGCAACCUCCCACAGAUCAGCUGCCAGUCACAAACAUAGAUGACAUCGAGGUUGAGCCUCAGCAGCGUGUCCCCGUUCCCAGCCCCAUGGUGCAGAGGCGAAAGGGGAACACCUUCACUGUGGUCCCUAAACGUAGGGCGGAGCCUGAGGGCCAGCCGGGCUCUCCUGAGCCGCAGCAGGAAACCUCAAGUGAGGCUCCACCGGGGUCAACGCCCCCGCAGGCCCCAUAUGCUCAGCUGGGUACCCUGCUGAAGAAACGCUACCCAGCUGUGGAGGAAAUCGAGGUCAUCGGUGGGUACCUGUCCCUCGCAAAGUCCUGCCUCUCCAAGACGGGAUCCACGGGCAAAAAGCUCAAGAUCUCAUUCAACGAGACGAGUCUCCACAGUACGUAUGAGUAUCCGUCGGAGAGCAGCGUCUGGGACAGCGGGGAGGAGGACGAGGAGGAGAAACGAGACGGGAAGGUGGCGGACGAACAGCCAAGCAUGGUGGGACGCAUCCACAUCCCUCGACCCAGUUUCAGCAGCUCGCCGACACACACGAACAACAGCAAUGACCUUUCCAGCUACAUUCCCAAACACUCUGUGGACUUCAGCGCCUGGCAAGAGCACAAACACGAUGACAGCAUUUACCAGGAGGACACCACUUCCCAACAGAACCAGAUGACAGAGGAAGUUAUGCUCACACCGGCAGACAGCUCCUCCCUGUCCGACUACAGCAGCGAGCCCGCUCUCUACUUCUGAUCACUCGGACCAAUCAGCUGUACAGUAGCAUCACACCUGUGGGACCAGCCUGCAGCCGGAGCCCAGCGACGUCCGUCACACCCGGGCCCGACUGCCUCCAGCUCUACACUCCAGUCGUCUCUAAGCACAUCUUCCCGAAUCACACGGGAAACAUAGUAUUUUGUUUGUUUUUUGGCUGAUUUCCUGCCACGGAGCCACCACACGCCACGUUCAUAUCAGAUCAGCUUUGUUUGCCAGGUUGGCCGGUGUACGAUUCCUACCUUCUUCUUGACCUGAAUCAAAAGCAGCUGGACUGUCUUUCUCCCAUAAUCCUGGACAGUUGAUCUGUCAGCCUCCACAAACAAAAAAAUCAGACCGAAUCAAAUCAAAAUCUAUCAAGGCGUCUGCCUUUCUCCCCACACUCUGGGAGAAGUCCUCUGGCUUUACGUCCCUCCUGUGAUCCUCUGCUUCCAACAACAUUUGCUUCAGGUUUUUGGGGAGAAGGAGCUGAAAGCGAGUGACCAAACUCCUUAAAAAAAAAGAACAGGAAGCCGCCAGUGCCCACGUGUAGGUAAAGCCACGGUGACAGAGUUCAGUGUUAUAGCAUGGAAACGUAGGACGUGGAGGACGCGUCUGCUUGUGUAAAUCGCUGGCACACUCAAACACAAAAAAAUGGUUAAAGGGUGCCACAAUUGUAGUUUUUUGUCUUUUAUUUUGAUUGUUUUUGUACCUGCAUGUUUUGAUUUCGGCCAACAGCUCGGUUGGUUGUUUUACUGUAAAGCUUCUGUAUGCCUUUUAGUUUUUGUACGUUUCCUGGCAAACUAUGCUGUAUCGAAGCUGCUGGGCGUUUAGAAGAGUCUUAACAGAGAGCAAACUUCAACACUCUUCCCUUCAUUGUGGGAGAAAAAAAUAUGCACCCCAGGGGAGAUUUCUGUCAGUCAGCAGCAAGAUUUUCUGAUCACACGCUUGAAAAAAGUGACCUUGGCCAAUAAUGUCUGUACGUCCGUAUUGCUGGUGACAAACAAAAACCAUCAUACUGUAGAAUGUUUCUGUAUAUUCUCUAUCAAUCUGUGUCACGUUUAUGAAAAGCUGUUUUUUUCUGGCUUCUCGUGUAUUUAUUCCUGCUUAAAGUUGAAGUUUGCAUGUCUGAGACCUGCUCAUGUACAAAAAAAACACAUUUUUGUAAAGACAAAUUUGCUCCUGUGGGGUGCAAACACCCUGCCGGACGUUUCUUUUUCUUUUUUCUCCACUCGGACCUCAUGUACUUUCACAUUCCACAGAAAAAGAAGCCGGUCCAUCGGAGUAAUGAAGGCAACGACGGUUAUGAUCACUCAUAAUAUGGCGUGUUUGUGAGAGCGAAUGCAAGAUUGUGUGUGUGAAAGAAUAUGUAAUUUUUUUAAUUAAGUUUUAUAAACAAGAAUGCACCAGAUGAUUUUUUUUAAAACUCAUAAUGCCAAGUGAUUAAAGUGUUGCUGUAACGGCCUCACAUUCAUUCUUUACACGACCCUUCGGCCAGUAUUGUUGUACAGUUUCCACCAUAUUUUCAUGAGGUUUCUUUCUGACUGUCAUUUCUUUAAGUUCUCCGAUCUGAUUUGUUCAGUCCAGGUUGCUGUUAGGAGACGUUUCGUCUUUGUCUUAUGAAUUUAGGAGUUUCGUCUGGAGUCUUGGAUGUUUAAUGUCUUUGCACUGUCUUGCUUUUAGCUUUGUUUUGCACCUCAUGAGAAGGAACAGAGGAGGCGACAGGAUAUGUGCUCUUAAAAGAACACGAAGUUGAAGAGUUUUGUUUCGAAACAAUAUUGACAUCUGUUGUUAUCCAAACAUUGAUUGUAUGUCAGAUACAGGAGACGUGGAAGAACUUUUUAGCCCUUGGUUGGCUGAAUAACACUUUUUAGACCACAACAAUUGAUUUUUUUUAAUCAAAAUGACUGAAUAGCAUUUUUGAAAUAAAACUCUUCAAGUGUACAUGAUGAAUGCACUGCCGAUGAAUGCCAUGUCCGCUUUUUGUACUCGGUUUGCCACAGCCUUGCAUCAAAAGUCUUACGAUUGUCGGCCUUGUCGCUGUGACCACGAACCCAGGUGUAGUUUUCCACACAGGUCCAAGGCUUCACCUUUGGUCAGAAAUCAUCUCAAAAAACCUCUAAAACUCUUUUUUUGUUUGUUUUUAUUGGCCAGUUAACCUGAUGAGCCACACACAUGUUUUAUUGCUGUUUUUCAAACUGUGCUACUGUGGUUUUAUUCGUUUUUUCAACCAUUCCAGGUGUCGACUGGUUUCCAGUCAGUUUCACAUGGUAUGAAACUCUGCAUCUAAUCUGAAUUUAGAAGGAACACAGCUCAUAUGUCACAUUUUAUGGGCUUUUAUUCUGAAUUUCCUCAUCUGAAUGUCCUGAUAUGAACAGUGACGCUCUGAGGUGGUGCACCGUCAUUUUGAGAUCAGAUUGGUCCUCUGAAAUGAUGCUUACUAAAACGUUUGAUUUGUGUAAAGUCCUAUUAUUGUUAAGUUGGUGAGGACUCAGUCAUCCGGGUCGUGGUAAUUCUCGGUGCUGUAUCGUGGGCGAUUGGACUUGCUUGAGUCGUUGAGGUCAAACGUGGGCUCUGUGUGUGAAGGUCGUUAGGAUCAUUAGGGUCACAUGUGAGUCGUUGACCCACGUGGCCAUCAUGUGGGUCGUUAGGGUUGCAUGGGUCAGGGUGUGAAUCCAUUUGGGGAGAAAACUCAGGACUGCAUUGUAGGCGGGUGACUUAAGGCGAAAUCUUGAUAUUGAAAUUUCUCAGUCAAGAAUUGGCAAAAUUUUAAUUUAAAACAUCUCAUUUAAAAAAAAGAAGAUAAACAUGAUCAUGAAUCUGAAGAGGAGUUCCUGACUCUGUACCCAGCGCUUUAGACACAUUGUAGUCAGUGUUGUUGUUUUAUAUGCAGCUGUAUAACUGGCAGUGCAGACUUUAAAAAAAUGAAUCUGCACUUAAACUGCUUCAUCAUACAGUAUCAGGAUGUAGGGUAACGGUAAUGCAGCCGGCCAGAAUCAGUGCAGACUUGUUGUUCACUAUGACGGAUUACACAACUCACGAGUCCCUCCAGGAUUUCGUGGCUCUUUUUGGAGGUGGAUUGUUGAGGCCUUAAAUGCCUGAUAACAUGGCAGCUUUUCUAAAAGGAAAAUGGCAAUGCAGGCGCUUUUCUGCAUGAAAUUAGAGCAAGUGGAAAAAAAAGCAAAAAUUGUUGCCUUUUUGUGUGAAAAUUUAAAAAAAAAAAACUAAGGAAACUCAUUACAGUGAAAAUGAAAUUGUGUUGUUCCAAGAUUGUAAUUUUUGAUUGCAUUAAUGAUGCACGCGUAAUAGAUCUGGAUUCAGCAGCUUCUGUCAUGACUUGUCUUGUCUGUUGUCAACGCAUUUAAGCCGUUCUCUGGGGCUGUUUUGCGAUAUAAAAUUGUUUGUAGACGAUUUGUUUGCUUUCGUGCAGAGCAUUAGGGGAUGGCCUUGCCUGGUGUUGAUCGGUAACUUUUGU